CCUUUGCAGGCUCCAGAAACGGAAAUUUUUCUUAUUGCUCAUUAUAUAGAGACGUUUCUCAUUCCACAAAGUUGUCUCUUCCGCCACAACCAUUUUUCUCCUGUUCCCAAAUCUGCCUUCUUCCUCUGCUUCUGCCGCUGCCCAUUUCCCUUCUCGUGGGAGAUUGUAUCGAUCUCUGUUUAAAGAUCCGAUACAAAUCGAAUAUGGGUUUGUCGAGAAUGAAGCUGUUCAGUCGAUUUCGGAUCUGGGUUUUAACUUGUUCUCUGAUUUUUCAACUUGGCUAUGGGUUUUACCUUCCUGGUAGCUAUCCCCACAAAUACAUUGUUGGCGACUUGUUGUCAGUGAAGGUUAAUUCUCUUACAUCUAUCGAGACCGAAUUGCCAUUUGGGUAUUACAGUUUACCGUUUUGUAAGCCUUCAGAGGGUGUUAAGGACAAUGCUGAGAAUCUUGGUGAGCUUCUGAUGGGAGAUCGAAUUGAGAAUUCGCCUUAUCAGUUUAAGAUGUUCACAAAUCAGACGGAUAUCUUUAUGUGUUCUUCAGAUCCAUUGAAUUCUGAUCAGUUUAAGAUCAUGAAGGAGAGAAUUGAUGAAAUGUAUCAGGUCAAUUUGAUUCUUGAUAAUUUACCUGCGAUCCGUUAUACUCAGAAGGAAGGUUAUGUCCUGAGGUGGACUGGUUAUCCAGUUGGGGUUAAGGUUAAAGAUGCUUACUAUGUGUUUAACCAUUUGAAAUUCAAGGUCCUUGUUCAUAAAUAUGAGGAGGCCAAUAUGGCACGUGUAAUGGGGACCGGUGAUGCUGCUGAGUUGAUCCCGACGAUUGGGAAAGAGGGAUCUGAUGUGCCUGGAUAUAUGGUUGUUGGGUUUGAGGUUGUACCUUGUAGCAUUGUGCACAAUGUGGAUCAGGUGAAGAACUUGAACAUGUACCAAACGUAUCCUAGCACGAUACAGUGUGAUCCCACUACUGUGUCGAUGCCUAUCAAGGAAGGCCAGCCUAUUGUUUUUACUUAUGAAGUUAUGUUCGAGGAGAGUGAUAUCAAAUGGCCAUCUAGGUGGGAUGCUUAUCUUAAGAUGGAAGGAUCCAAAGUUCACUGGUUCUCAAUCAUGAAUUCUAUGAUGGUGAUCACUUUUCUUGCUGGUAUUGUUUUUGUUAUCUUCUUGAGGACUGUCAGGCGGGAUCUGACCCGGUAUGAGGAGCUCGACAAGGAGGCCCAAGCACAGAUGAAUGAGGAGUUAUCUGGCUGGAAGCUUGUUGUUGGAGAUGUUUUUAGAGCUCCUUCAAAUCCUGCACUCUUGUGUAUUAUGGUUGGUAAUGGUGUUCAGAUUCUUGGAAUGGCAGUGGUGACCAUAUUAUUUGCUGCUCUAGGAUUCAUGUCGCCAGCCUCUCGUGGAACCCUUAUUACUGGUAUGCUAUUUUUCUAUAUGAUUCUUGGUGUUGCAGCUGGAUAUUUCGCUGUUCGUUUAUGGAGGACAAUCGGUUGUGGUGACAACAAAGGUUGGAUUUCUGUCUCAUGGAAGGUCUCAUGCUUCUUUCCUGGUAUUGCUUUUCUGAUCUUAACCACUCUGAACUUCCUUUUAUGGGGUAGUCACAGCACUGGAGCCAUUCCAUUUUCCCUUUUUGUUAUUUUGCUCUUGCUUUGGUUCUGCAUCUCGGUUCCACUAACACUUGUCGGCGGUUAUCUUGGUGCCAAAGCACCUCAUAUCGAGUAUCCAGUUCGUACUAAUCAAAUUCCUCGCGAAAUUCCUGCUCAAAAAUACCCAUCUUGGUUGUUAGUUCUUGGUGCUGGCACUCUUCCUUUUGGAACCCUAUUCAUUGAGCUGUUCUUCAUCAUGUCUAGUAUCUGGAUGGGCCGUGUCUACUACGUUUUUGGGUUUCUCUUCAUUGUUUUGAUCCUUCUCGUGGUCGUUUGUGCUGAAGUAUCUUUGGUUCUUACCUAUAUGCAUCUCUGUGUGGAGGAUUGGAAAUGGUGGUGGAAGUCCUUCUUUGCAUCCGGUUCUGUUGCCAUAUACAUCUUUUUGUAUUCCAUCAACUAUCUAAUCUUUGAUCUCAAGAGCUUGAGCGGACCGGUCUCUUCCACCCUUUACCUUGGAUACUCCCUUCUAAUGGUGUUUGCAAUCAUGCUCGCAACUGGAACAAUCGGGUUUCUGUCUUCAUUCUGGUUUGUGCAUUACUUAUUCUCUUCAGUGAAGUUGGAUUGAUGGAGUUUCUUAGAAACUGAAGAUCUGUGGCAGUUUAGGGGAGGAGGGUGAUCAAAGAAUACAAUUGUAUGGAUUGUUUUAUUACUAUGAUAUGAUAUAUUAGUUUUCGUCGAUUCAUUUCAACGAGACGACAACAAUAAUACCAUCCAGUUUUGAUGUAUUUUCUUUGUGUUUUAAGGGAGAUUGUUGCCUGGAUUAUGAUACAACAGAUUCUCAUUUACAUUUUGGCACAUUAGGCUCUCAUACUUAUAGAUGUUUUAAUUUUAAUGGUAGUAUGUAACACAUUUAUGUGGGUUUUAGUUUGUACUUUUAAUUGCUGAGAUCUAUCUGUAUGGUUGAAUGCAAAAAAAGGUACAAUUUUAUCUGCCCUUUUAUAUAA